CUACACCUGUUCAUCUCUCUUUAGGAUCCCUGUGAAACAAACCUACAAUCAUUACUUUUGCUGCUCUAGAAAGAAGUAUGGAGAUGUAGUCUGCCUCCCUUGCAUAGUGAUAGACAAGAUCCUUUAUACAGUAGGGCUCAUUUACACUGUUCUUUCCAAGGUCCGGUUCCAGCAAAACGCAGCAGCUGCAACAUAUAUAUUGUUUAAUUAUCUUCAUUCUCGGCCUGGGCUUCAAACCAUUUUGAAGAAAAACUGGAUUUGUAUGUAACCUGCGGAGGUAUUGUAUCAGAGCUUUAUCAGAUAUUUUAAAAGCAGAACAAAAUGUCUUUUAUCUCCAAACUCCCCCCGUCCUGGAACGACAGACCCCCUCCUCGUAAGGUGGAGAUUGACCUGAGUUCACCAGGGCUGGCUGUGUUGGAGCUGGAACGACUCCUGUUCACUGGGAAAGCCAUCAACAACCAUGCAGACGAAGUGUGGCCCAGACUUUACAUUGGAGACCAGGACAGUGCUACGAAUGUCCGCCAGUUGGCCAACCAUCAUGUCACCCACGUCUUGAAUACAAACCACAGUAAACGGCGAGACGGUGCGGAGACUUACCUGGGAAUGAACAUCAAGUACUUUGGCAUCGAGGCUCAUGACUCCUGUAACUUUGACAUGAGCGUCAACUUCCAGACUGCAGCAGACUUCAUCCACAGGGCCCUCAGUGGAGGAGGUAUAGUGCUAGUGCACUGUGCAGUGGGGGUGAGUCGUUCAGCCACCCUGGUUCUUGCCUACCUGAUGCUGAGACAGAACCUGACCUUGGUGGAUGCCAUCUGCGCCGUGAAGGACAACCGCGGUGUGAUCCCCAACAGAGGCUUCCUCCGACAACUCAUCAACCUGGACACCAAACUGUAUGGCCACCUCCGCAACACUACCUACACCUAGAAGACUGAUUAUAUCAGCUUCUAUUCUAUUCUCUUUCGUCUAUUUGAGCAGUGGGUCACGAACCUUUUCUUUUUUGGGAAACAUUUAUAAAAAAUAAUCAUACUGUGACACUUUCUGUAUUUUCAAAGUUCUAUAUCUUGAAAAUGUAAUUGCUGACAUGCAAAACAUUUUGGUACUGUACCAGCAGUGGACUAAUGAAACAAAUACCAAAAUAUAGUUUGAGUGUAAUUUUCCUUUAAGUUGGUGAAGGCUAUGUGGGAGACUUGCAUUCUAGUUCCCAGUAUUCAAAGUUUAGCUGUAUUCCAUGUUCUGCUUUUCCUAGCAGUGUCUGGCUGUAGAAUUAUUUGUACAUACCUCCCUUUAGAGAUAAGACCGCUGAUGGUUUGGAGGUCAAACUUGAGAAACCUGUCUUAUUGGGAAAUAAGUGGCAAUAUUAUGUAGCCUACUGUAACUUAAGCUUGUGCUGUACACAUUUUUGGCAACAUACAUUUGUUUAUUGAGUAUUUUGUAUGUUUCAAGCUGAUAUGAGUAUGCAUUUACUAUGACAUAUUAAAGUAUGUGUGAAUACA